UAGGAGUCAUUCUUAAUGUUUCGAGGGGGUGACCUCGAAAUAAGGGCAGACGAUAUUUUAAAUUACGAAAUCAUUCACCUAAUCCAAUCAUAAUGUUGAUCAACCAAUAUUAUUGAAUAAAUUCCUGUCGACGUGAAAGUCGAAAUGAUUUUAAAUCAAAAUGAAUUUUUAUCUGAAAUCAAACAAAAUAGUUUUGUUUCUACUUCUUUUCAAGAAGUCUCAAAAAUCAGCAGCUGUGAGUAAGAAUUUUUUUUAAUACCAAAAUUGAUAAAACUUAGCGAUAUGCAUGGAAGAUGAGUAAAAAAAAAUCCGGUUUUGAACGAUGACUACUUUUGGAAAAAAAGAAGAAAGCCCAUUAGAGUAUUUAUUCUUCUUCAAGUGAAGAUGUUGGCUGGAAUUAGAAUGACUGCAACUCCGUUUCUAUUUUCCCUUUAUCUUUUGUGGAUUAAACUCCAGUCGGGGAACUCUCAAUUCGACAAAUGUGGAAUCGGUCCUAUCUUGAGCAGUCGAAUUGUUGGGGGUAACGAGACAGAACCUAAUAAAUGGCCCUGGCAGGCCUCUUUGAUGCUAACUCAUCCUCAGUACGGAAAGGUGGGUCACUGGUGUGGAGCGGUGAUCAUUCACAAGCAGUGGGUCAUGACAGCUGCUCACUGCAUUCUCAACCCUCUGUUCACCUUACCUCAGCCAGUAUUCUGGAAAGUUCGAGUCGGCGAUCACAAUCUGAAACUGACCGAGGGACCCGAAAGGACAGUGAAGGUGUCAGAGGUACACUUUCAUCCGUGGUAUCAUGCAUACGACAAGGACAUUGCCCUAUUGAAGCUUGAAAAAGAAUUGGAAUUCAAUGACUACAUCCGGGCCGUCUGUUUGCCGGACGAGGAUGCCGGAUACUUGGGAAUGAGGUGCGUAGCAACAGGCUGGGGGAAAGUAGAUUUUGACAAACGAGGCUCUAAUGUCCUGAAAGAAGUGGAGAUUGAAAUACUGGACAACUACAUCUGCCAUGAAGCGUAUUAUCCUAGUUACAAGAUUCCUAUCAAGGGUUGGCACCUCUGCGCUGGACAACUCGAAGGGGGAAAAGGUACAUGUCAGGGUGAUUCUGGUGGACCUCUGCAGUGUUUAUUGAAUGGUCAGUACUACGUGGCUGGUAUUACGUCAUUCGGAUCAGGUUGUGCCAAAGAAGGUUUUCCAGACAUCUAUACGAGAGUUAGCUACUUUGCUGAUUGGGUUGGAGAAAUAAUAAACAGACCACCCGCCGGAAAAUAAAUAAUUCAACACUCAUAUCGCAUACAUUCGAUUCGAUUUUAUCACCAACAAACGACCCAUUUUUUAGUAAAAGUUUUGCUUUGAAAUGAAGAGGUGGCAUCAAAUUACCAUUUUCUAAGACCGUGGGGGUGGGGGGGAGAAGCUUCUAUCUUCACUAAAAAAAUCUGUUCUCUUUUCAAAAAGAUAACUAUGACAAAUUUAAAAGUGUGAAUGACAGAGAUUCGAUCCUCAAUGGCGACUAGAAACUCAUCAAACUUUAACCCCUUGACAUAUCAUUAAACACAAACUCUAAACUCUGUGGAAUUAUUAAUUUCUUGAUAUAGAAUGUACUUUGAUUGCACUAUACAACAACAACUCGCAACGGAAUGUCUUGAAGACGUCUGAGACACAUCAAUUCUUGUUUUGACAUGGGAAACAAACGACGUCUCCCAAACGUCUUCGUAUGUCAAGGGAUUAAAUCGACACUAUCUUGUCGGGAAGUAAAGGUGGUCCGUUGAUCCCAUUGGCUGAACCAUACCCAUUGUUCAUGCGUUUACCUCAAUGACCACAAAGAGAUUGCAACUUUAUUAUUUCAUUCCUAGCAAUAAGUUUACAUAAUCUAUGCAUUCGUGUCCACCAUAUUAAAUAAAAUAUAUAAUCGUUUUUUAUACAGUUUAAGAAUCAUCUUCACAAUGGCGGGAUUUUCUUUUAAUAAAAAAACUUAAGGUGGUAGCUAGUGAUAGAAAAUAUCCACUUUGUUCAACCAUGAAUAUUCUACCCUAUUUUUCUUACAAACAGUUUUCAGAAAAAAUCAUUCCAGAAGAGUGAAAGGAAAGAACCUGUACUACCAUGCAAUAAAAACUCAAUGUAAACGACAAAAAUUCAAAAUUUAGAUUUUUUUUACACUUGUUAUUUUUGUAUGAUAAGUUUUUUAUUUAUAAUAAAACUUCUUCUCAAAGAUAAAUUUUGCUUUAUCAGUUUUUUGAAAUUCUCUUUCAGCGAUCAUAGCAUUAGCAGUAGAAGGAAAAUAGUAGUCAAACCACUUUUCUCGAAACU